AUGGAAACGCCGCCGUUCAGUGCGCUCCCUCUCGACCCCGGCCACCCUCCGCAUUCAGCAUGGGCAGUCUGGGGUGCUGACGACGAGCUGGGCACGCUGAACCACCUCACCGACAAUGUCGUCGCGGCAGCAGCCAGAGACGGAAUCCGGACGGGGACUCGUAUAGGGCUGAACUGGACGCUGCAGCAGAUGAAAAGACCCCCACCAUUCCGGAACGUGCUCGAGCACCGGAUCAACACGAUCGAGGGCGGGGGGAUGCAUGAUGACACGCUUCAUUUCAAUACGCAGACGAGCUCGCAGUGGGAUGGCUUUCGGCAUUGCGGGUAUGAGAACGGGCUGUUUUAUAACGGCGUGGCCGGCGAGGAAAUCCUGCACAAGCGGACCGAGAGGAUAGGGAUUCACGCAUGGUGCAAGCAAGGCAUUGUCGGACGCGGCGUGCUGGUUGAUUUCGCGUCGUAUGCAGCACGACACAAACUCGGCUUCAAUGCGCUGAGCAGAUCGACAAUCUCGUUGGACACGGUAAAGCAGAUCUUAGAAGAAAACAACACCGUAAUUCGCAGAGGCUUCCUCCAAGCAUACGAAAACGCCACGGCAGAAGAACUGCACCAGCUAAUGACGUCUGACCCUCUCGAGUACCCGGGCGUUGAUAAUUCCAGGGAGUUUGCCGAGUGGCUGUGGGAUUCCGGAUUUGCGGCCGUGUGCACCGACUCGCCGGGGUUUGAAGCGAUGCCCCCUCAAGGUUUCUUCCUCCACCCGGUACUCCUCGCCGGCUUGGGGAUGCCCAUCGGCGAGCUGUUUGCGCUGGACGAACUGGCGGCGCAGUGCGAGAAGACAGGGCGGGCGACGUUUUUUUUUACGAGUGAGCCACUGAAUGUUGUUGGGGGGGUGGCCAGUCCGCCGAAUGCGCUGGCUAUUUUUUAG